AUAUGGCGGCCGGAUAGCUGAAUGACAUAUCGUAAAUGUCACUGAACCAAAACCCAUACAUAUUUCUUUUUACAUUCUAUGGUGGAUCCAUAUAGACGUCUACGAUGAAGUUGAACGUUUCUUAUCCAGCAACUGGAGCUCAAAAGCUCUUUGAAGUCAACGAUGAACACAAACUUCGUAUUUUCUACGAAAAGCGUAUGGGCGCUGAAGUUCCAUCCGAUUUACUCGGUGAUGAGUGGAAAGGCUAUGUUUUACGCAUUGCUGGCGGUAACGACAAACAAGGAUUCCCAAUGAAACAAGGAGUUCUUACACACACUCGUGUUCGUUUGUUGUUGAAGAAAGGACACUCAUGCUAUCGCCCACGUCGUAACGGUGAACGCAAACGUAAGUCGGUUCGCGGUUGCAUCGUCGACGGUAACAUGUCCGUUUUGGCUUUGGUCGUUGUCAAGAAAGGUGAAAAGGAAAUCGAAGGAUUGACCGACCGUCAUGUUCCACGUCGUCUUGGACCAAAACGUGCCAGCAAAAUUCGCAAAUUGUACAAUUUGUCGAAAGAAGAUGAUGUUCGUCAAUAUGUUGUUCGUCGUCCAUUGCCACAAAAAGAAGGCAAGAAACAACGUUUCACAGCACCAAAAAUCCAACGUUUGGUUACACCAAAUGUUUUGCAACGCAAGAGACAUCGUGUUGCCAUCAAGAAGAAGCGUCAACAACGCUCCAAGGAACAACAAGCCGAAUACGCUAAAUUGUUGGCCCAACGUAAGAAGGAAUCAAAGGCCAAACGCGAAGAAGCCAAACGACGCCGUUCAGCCUCAAUUCGCGAAUCACGAGCUUCACAAUCAUCACAAUGAAGCGAUAAUUAGGCUUUUUAUUUUCCAAAACAAAAUAAAAAUGAGAUAAAAAACCAAUAAAACAACACAAAUGGAAAUUAUUCUAUUGAUUUAAA